CGGAAGAGCGAGGGAUGGCUUAACGGGUGGCGCACAAUUCGAGAAGCUUCGACGUGUACAGUGUGGGCCUAGGAUUUUGACAGAAAUCAAAAAAAUAUAUAGAAGCCGGCGGUUGUCUGCCUGGAGGAGUUGAGGUGAACCAGGAGGAGACGGGGUAGUGGAUCGGCGUGGUAACGUGAGGUGAGGGAUGUUCCGCCCCAUGAGGCAGGGCUUCCGGAGCCCGCCGCCUGUAGGCCCAAGCCCGGGCCCGGGCCCGGGCCCCUUUCCCGGAGCGGGACCGGGUGGAGGCGGGGCAGGUGGCACCUUCCCUUGGGGGCUCCCGGGCAACGUGGGCACCCCUCCUUACGGAGUGCGGCACCGGUCUUUCACCAAAUCUCCUCAGCAUCAGCAGCAACAACAGCAGCCGAGCCCAGGCCUGUCGCCCUUUCACCAGCACCGAUACAAAAGCCCGUCCCCCGGCCACCAGCAGCCGACGCCGCAGAGCUUCACGUCCCGGCACAGCCCACGGGCCCGCGGCCGCUACUCCUCGCCGUCUUACCACCCUCACUCCCCUGGCCAGACCGCGUCUCAACAACCCUCGCCCAGCUCGGCGCACCGCCGCUACCAGGGCUCGCCCAGGACAUCCACACCUUUCGGAGGAGGCGGCUGCAUCCUGGAGAGGAAGUCGCCGGCACCCGUGGAGCAAUAUUACAAACCGUCCAUGCUGCAAGACCCGUGGGCUGACCUGGAACCGGUCUCCGCCUCUGACAUCAACCUGCAGUACGGGACCCCGCAGUCCGUCAGCUCCACUAAAAGAGGCAGGUACUUUAGCUAACAGUUUCUCCAAGCAACACCGCGUCCGGGCAGAGAGCAGCUUCGACCUCUUCCACCUGCACUCUGGGUAAGAUAGCUAAAACUGACCUCCACAGUGCUGUCUCACGCCCAGUGAACAAGAACUUACUCUGGUUCCCACUGUCACUUCUUUCCAGAGACAAAACAUUUUUUUUUAAAAACAAAAUUGAUUACUUUUUUUUGGCAGAUCGACUUUUUUAACGAGACCUAUUUUUUUAACCACACCGAGUUUUCUUUUCUUUGCAACACAUGGGAGCUCUUUGGAUGUUAUCUGGGAGAGUGCAACCGCUGCAGAAUAGGAAAGUGCCUGCUCCUAACUAUCUAAAAUCACCAGCCAGUGGACAGUGACUAAUUGUUUUGCAGGUUUUCUCCACUUCUAUGCAUUAAUGAGCAGGUUAGGGGGUGUCAUCUAAUUUUUUACUGUAAGCCACUGAAAUGGUCAUUUUUAAAACUUUUGUCAACUUUUUUAGAUUAAAGGUAAAAGCUUCAAUGUUUAAUUUUUGUAAAUCCAUAUUUCUAAUUGUGUGUAUGUAAAAACUGAAGAAAGAAAAAUGAUUUAUGUAUGAUUUCAUUGAGAUGGUGUAUCUGGGGCAUGUGUGCAGUAAAGGUGUGUCUUGGUAUCUUAUUUCAGGUUCCCCCC